GGUUCAACACAGCAAAAAUGGCAGCUCCAGCCGAACAAGUUGCGGCGGAAAUUGAAAAUUUAAAAGUGAACGGAGGAGCCGCCGGAGGAGGAGUUCAGGAAGAUGAAGAAGAUCGGGUUACACCAUGGGAGGUUACCACUACAAAAGCCACUGGAAUCGAUUAUGAUAAGCUUAUUGUGAAAUUCGGUUGCCGGAAGCUCGACGAGGAGAUAAUUGCCCGUUUCGAACGUGUUACCGGACACAAAGCCUCCCCAAUGCUCCGCCGUGGAAUGUUCUUUGCUCAUCGUGAUUUGACGGCAAUUUUGGAUCGAAAAGAGCAGGGAAAACCAUUCUACCUGUACACAGGCCGCGGAGCAUCGUCUGGAAGCCUACAUUUGGGCCAUUUAGUCCCAUUUAUCUUCACAAAAUGGCUUCAGGAGGUGUUCGAUGUGCCACUUGUCAUUCAAAUGACUGAUGACGAGAAAUUCUUGUGGAAAGAUAUGAAGGUCGACGAGGCGAAAAAAAUGGCCCGUGAAAACAUGAAAGACAUCAUUUCCGUCGGUUUUGAUCCGACAAAAACCUUCAUUUUCAACAAUUUCGACUACAUGUGCCCACCGUUCUACGAGAAUAUCGUCAAAAUCUGGAAAGUCGUCAAUACGAAUCAGGCCCGAGCGAUUUUCGGCUUCACCCCCGAGGAUUGUCUCGGAAAAGCGGCUUUUCCGGCUGUCGAAGCGGCUCCGUGCUUUGCUUCAUCAUUUCCACAAAUUUUCGGAAAACGAAACGAUAUUCCAUGUCUGAUCCCGUGUGCCAUCGACCAGGACCCAUUUUUCCGUAUGACACGUGACGUGGCUCCAAGAUUGAAGGCCUCUAAGCCAUCUUUAAUCUUUUCCACAUUCCUACCGGCUCUUACGGGAGCACAGACGAAGAUGAGCGCUUCUGAGCCGAAUACGUGUAUCUUUUUGAGUGAUACGGCGAAACAGAUUAAGAAUAAGAUCAACAAAUACGCAUUUUCGGGGGGUCAACAAACUGUGCAAGAGCAUCGCGAAAAAGGUGGCAACUGUGACGUGGAUAUCUCAUAUCAAUUCCUUCGUUUCUUCCUCGACGACGACGAGAAGCUGGCCGAAAUCCGAGAGAAUUACACGAAAGGAGAAAUGCUUUCGGGUGAAUUGAAGGCCCUUGCCACACAAAAAGUACAGGAAAUUGUACUGGAAAUGCAGGAGCGACGCAAGCUGGUCACCGAUGAGACUGUCGAAGAAUUUGUCAAAGUUCGGCCAUUGGCCUAUAAAUAUUAGGCCGUUUAGGCUCAGGCUUAGGCCCAAUUGUUGAGAUUUUCCUUUUUUUUUUUACUCGUUGUUGGUGUUUUUUCUUAUUUAAUUUUUUGCUUAAAAUUUAGUUUCCCCCGUUUUUUCCAGAAUUUUUGGAUUUUUUAGCCUUAAAAUUUGACCUUUUUCAAAAAAUUUCGGUUUUUUUGAAAUUUUUGGCCUAAAAAUUGGAUUUUCAACCAGAGUAUCAGAAAAGUUCCCAAAAAAUUUGAAUUUCCGCUGAAAAAUCGAGUUUUCCGCUACAAUUUUGGCCUUUUUUCAAAAUUUUUCGGUUUUUUGAAAUUUUUUGCCGAAAAAUUGGAUUUUCUCAAAAAAAAAAAAAUUUUUUUUUGGUCUUAAAAUUACAAAAAACUAAAAUUUCUCAAAAAAUCGAUUUUUAUCUGAAAAUUUGCCAAAAUUGCACAAAAAUUUUGAAUUUUCCGCAACUUUUUUGAAAUUUUACAGAAAUUUGAAAAAAUCUAAUUUUUUCGCCUGAUGUAAUCCAAAUUUUGAAACUAGAAAUUCGAAUUUUUUGGAAAUUUUUUUUUCCUUCGUUUUCCCCCUCUUUUUGUCCGUCUCAGAAACAAUCAUAAUGCUUUUGCCCCGCCCCCUUCCCCCCAGCUUUGGCUCCGCCCCUUUCCUGGUUUUUCUUUUUUCAAUUCGAAUUUUUUUUUCGAAAUUAAUUUAUUCAAUUAUCGAUUUCUCGUUUGGUCCCAAAAAUAAACUUUAUUGCAAGAA